AUACACCUUCCUAAACCAAUCGGCCGUUUAAAGGGCGGCGUUUUUAUACAGCUAGUCUCGCGAAAGGAAAGAUUUAUUGUAAGACUCGCACAAGUCACAAACCGGUUUAUUUUGUUACAAGUCCUACCAGAGUUUAUGUAAAUAGCGUCUCGCAGAGGGUGGAAUGGAAGAGAGCGAGGUGGUUAAGCGCAAGAGGACUGCCGUUGGGAGUCGACUGUGCUCCAUCUGUAACCAAACAAGGGCCGCCCUUAAGCGACCCAAAACCCUAGAACAGAUCUGCAGGGAGUGUUUUUAUGCGGUGUUUGAGGAGGAAAUCCAUAGGGUAAUUGUUGACAACCAGCUAUUCAAGCCUGGGGAACGCGUUGCCAUCGGGGCUUCUGGUGGAAAAGAUUCGACGGUGCUUGCUUAUGUGUUAUCAGAAUUGAACCGUCGGCACAAUUACGGCUUGGAUCUCUUCCUCUUAUCGGUUGAUGAAGGCAUCACUGGGUACCGAGAUGACUCACUUGAAACUGUCAAAAGAAAUGAAAUUCAGUACGGACUCCCACUAAAAGUUGUUUCCUACAAGGAAUUAUACGGAUGGACAAUGGAUGAUAUAGUGAAGAUGAUAGGUUUAAAGAAUAAUUGCACUUUUUGUGGUGUUUUCCGUCGCCAGGCCCUUGAUCGUGGUGCUGCAUUGUUGAAAGUAGACAAGCUAGUUACUGGACAUAAUGCGGACGAUAUUGCUGAAACGAUUCUCUUAAACAUCCUACGAGGUGAUAUUGCUAGGUUGAGCAGAUGCACAUAUAUAACCACUGGUGAAGAUGGACCAAUUCCAAGAUGCAAGCCGUUUAAAUACACCUUUGAGAAGGAAAUUGUUAUGUAUGCGUAUUUUAAGAGGCUGGACUACUUCUCUACCGAAUGCAUUUAUUCACCUAAUGCUUACCGUGGCUUUGCUCGUGAGUUCAUUAAGGAUUUGGAAAGAAUCAGACCCAGAGCCAUACUUGACAUUAUUAAAUCAGGAGAGAAUUUCAGGAUCUCCACUUCUACAAAAAUGCCAGAGCAGGGAACCUGUGAACGCUGUGGUUAUAUUUCUAGCCAGAAAUAUUGUAAAGCCUGCGUUUUGCUGGAAGGAUUGAACCGGGGUUUGCCGAAAUUGGGCAUUGGCCGAAGUCGAGGUCUCGAUAAUGACCGUAAUCAAAAGAUGAAACAAACUAAUGGAACGGACAAUAUCCAGAGCAAACCAUGCGGAACUUUGGACUUCUGAUGCAGCUCAUACAAAUCGCGUCCGAUUGAUGAGCUUAGAAAUUUAGUCCUCAUUCAAAACCUCCCGUCAAAAUCUUAGGAGUGUUAAUAAUGAUGUGUCCGCAGUUCUUCUGCUAUGGAAUAUUUUGUCCCGAGAGAGAGAGAGAGAGAGAGAGAGUUUAGUAGUUUUUCCCUGUCAAAUAAAUCGAUGCUGUUCAGCUAGUGGUGAUGGGGAUGGUUCAUAUAUCCUAUUUUAUUUUAACUGUUGUAAUUUAUUUUUCGGAACAUCCAUUCUCUAAGUGAAUGGAGCUAGGUUUUUAUUUUUUAUUUUUUAUUUUUUUUAACCCCACUACAGAUCUUUAAUCAUAUAAUAAGCAUUCUUUGUUAGAGUUCA